GCGCGCACGGAUUAAUCGCCGCAGAACCGCGUGCGAGCGCGUGCUCACCCACAUAGGUAUAUACAUAUAUAGCGUGUUUUUAGUCGCCGCGAGUGCGCAAUCGAACGCUGCAGGAUCGGCAAGUUUGUAGCUGGCGAGCGAUUGCCGCUUUGAAAACUACUUUGUAGUGGUGGUGCGGUGGGUAAAAGAACGCAGCAGUAGCCUCCGGCGCUGCAUAUAUUCCCUAAAUAAAUUGUCUAAGACGGAUCGGGAGAGUGUCUUCGCCGCGGAGAGCUGACGGCAUGGCUCGACACCGAUAACUCAACUAUCUACGUCUAGACUAUACUAUCGAUUCUUCGCUCCUCGCAGUCUCGUUCGGUGAACGUAAGUUUUUGUGGCGUAUUUUCUAUUACAUGUUAUACGUAGUUUGUUCGGAGUUUAUCUGUAAUGGAAUUGCUUAUAGAAACAUCUGUCGCUGUUUGAAUAACUCGCUCUUGGCUGAAGUCAAAAGUUUCUAAUCAGUACAAUUUUUUCGACUACCGAAGCUUACUUGAUACACGCAAUUCAGUUUAGAUAUUAUCUCGUGAAAUUGGGAGACUGAUUUGCAUCAUUUUAAAUGUAUGAAACGAAAAUGACGUCGAAAGGGAUACUGAGUAUCAGCGAAGUUAACGCGCUGCCAGCCGAAAAUUUCGAGUGGUUGUUUGCAAAUGUGAUAGAACACUGUCCUGAAGCUGCUCCAAUCGUCGCUACAAAACGACCAUUUUCUUCGACCGAGGAUCUCAAGAGAGCGUUCGACGAGUAUUUGGAAAAAUUAGACACUAAUGAAAAGGAGUUGGUUCUUCUAAAACAUCCAGACUUGGCCGGAAAAUUAGCAGAAGAUGGAAAACUCACUGCUGAGUCUCAGAAUGAACAAAAAAUCGCUGGCCUUGAUACAAUGACGAAAGACGAUAGGCAAACGCUCAGCAAUAAUAACUAUCUCUACAAAGAAAAAUUCCGUUUUCCAUUUAUAAUUUGUGCGCGGCAAAAUAAAGUUCAGUCUAUACUAUCUGGACUGGAAACUAGAUUAAACAAUAGCAGAGAAACAGAACUAAAGACUGGAAUAGAUGAAGUGAAGAAAAUUUGCAGAGUGCGAAUAGAUGACCUAGUGUGGCCAGAUUUGUGAUUUUAGACCAAAGUUUGUUAUGAAAAUUGUUACAUUUAAACGUAUUGAUUAUAUAAAUUUUAUACGCAAGAGAUUUAUUAAAAGACCUUAUAAGUACAAAACAAACUGUUUGCUUUAAA